UCCAUUAUUUUUUUUAUUUUUUCAGAACGCCUGAAUGUUUUGUAUGAAAAGAACUGGACAAGGCUGGUAACAGAACAGCUAAAGAGAUUCGAGAGAGCUGUAGUAGAAUCAGGAAAAUCUGAAGAUUCGAUACAUUCUGCUGGACCUCGGUGGACUUUUGGAGGUGCUCUUCUAUAUUCCGUGACGUUACUGACAACUGUAGGUUAUGGCAAAUUGUCACCGAAAACUGCCUUAGGCAAAAUUGUUGCGAUGAUUUAUGCCAUCAUUGGCGUUCCUUUGAUGCUGAUUCUGUUAUCGGCACUUGGUAAUUUACUGGCUUCGGGUGCUCGGAAAGGAUAUUCUAAAAUGUGUUGUCACAGCGAAGACAAUAUGAUCAAGGAUACCGCGGUUGGCUACCACAAAGCUCCUUCCAGUCCGUCGGGAAAGUUCUACUGUAAAUCUCAUGAAGAUUCAGCUUCGAUUCAAAUAACGUCAUCCAACAAUACGCCAAACCAUGUCAACUGCAAAUUAAAUCACCAUCCUCCUUACAUUGAUCAUCAAGAAGUUCCAAAACGCGCCAUCCUUGCUACAGUCAGAUCUACGCACACGAGAGGGCGCUGCAGACAAGGUCCUGUCAGACAAACUUUAGCAGAUACUUCCAUGUCCAUGUGCCCUACUCAUUCAAAUCAUGGAUCGCCAAUGAGGAAUUCACUCAAUUCGUCUAUUGUUGGGAUCACUUCAUCUGAUCUCGAAGAUGCUGAUGAUACUGAUGAAAAUGAACAUGUUGUGUGCACCACCCACGACACCCCGUCUCGCAUACCACUCAUAUGGCGACCGCCGGAACCGAACAUGAGAACCUCAACACCAAUUCUCGCGGUACCAUCGCCGUCAGUGCCUGCCUUCCUCGUGGUGACUAUAUUCUUCUCCUACGUAUGCUUGGGAGCUUUCGCGUUCUCUUCAUCAAGUGGCUGGAGCUUCCUGGACUCGAUAUAUUUUUGUUUCAUAGCCAUAUCCACCAUCGGUGUCGGCGACAGACUACCUCAAAGUCCCGAAUACCACAACCAAAUACAACUGUUCGCCUGUUGUGUGUACCUCUUUCUAGGAUUGGUAGUUGUAGCCAUGUGUUUCAGUCUGGUGCAAGAAGAAGUGACUGUCAAAUGUCGACAAAUAGCGAAUAACGUGGGACUGGUUAAGGAUUAGACGUUGUCUUGGUUGUUGUUCUUUUUACUCGGUAAUAUAAAUAUUGUUUAUAA